UUCACUAUAAAAAGCCUCACAAAUAAAAAUUUUAUAUAGAUACAUAAACAUGUUAUUUAAAGGUAUAUCCGUAUUUCUUCUUCUGACCAUCAUGAUUGGUUUGGCUUUCGGAGAAGCUUGGGGCCCCGAAGUUGAUAAAUAUGAACGGGAUUUGGAAAAAAUAAACAAAGCCUUGCAAGCCGGCAAACUCAGUUAUUCCACUAUUGUAAAUCAAGUGAGGGUGUGUUUCGACGCACAUAUUCAAUAUUUUUUCUAUCGGAGUUUUUUGAACACGUUAAUAAAAUUGUACACCAACAAAGAUACCAACUUUGGUAGAUCCUACAAUGAUUCAAUAAAAGGUUCUAGCAUAAAACUAGAUGCUUUCCACAAUUAUAAUUAUUGUAUGAGCAAAAUAGCAAAGUAAAGACAUUAGUCUUUUACAAUUAAAGAAAUAUUGCAUGCAA